ACCGUCACUAGAAGCGUAACAGCCAUUUAAACUUUAAAUAUUAACAGAAAUUUCACCAAAUUUAGUUGUGAAUUUAACACAGCACAACGGUUUAUUGCCAUGUGAACGUAUACAAACAUAUUGUCUCUUCAGUACGGACGUUGCAUACUUUUAACCAAGAAAAAUGACAGAAGCAUCAUCAACUUUAAACAAAAGGGUAGUCAACAACAACAAAGGUCUGAAACAGACGUCUCAGGAGAUGCAGCAAACUCCUGCACAUCAGUCCAAAUCUCCACCGAAAAAGAAGAAAUCUUCUAGUGAACCAUCUGCUGGGGAUUCAGAAGGUUUGUUUGAGGCGACGGCAGCAGGUGCAAGUAAAGAUGUCAACAUGCUGCUUUUAGAAUGUGCUGAAGUAUUAAGUGAGCGAGCUGCAGCCGACGCCUCUCAAGUGAAGGAGCUGGAUGACAUUCUGAGAGAAGCUCAAAACCUCGAAUCUUUCCUGAAAGAAAAGAAAAAUCACCUGCGUCAAACGUUGGCUGUCAUUUCUGAUAAACUGCAGAGUUAAUUAAGCCUGGGCAUGUUAUUUAUUUAUUUAUUCAUUAAAUUGCCACAUCUACCAUUUUUGUGCAUUAAUUGUUUUGUUGUUUUUUUUUA